GCGGGGCUGGGUGGGAGGACUGUGCCAGGAUGGAUGAGCUGUUCAACAAGGAGAAGCUGUCCGACCCUAUCAAGUCUGUCGAGGACAAGUUUCAGCUGCUGCCGGCGUUCCUGGCCACGCGCGGGCUGGUCAAGCAGCACAUCGACUCGUACAACUACUUUCUGACUAAGGACAUCAAGGAGAUUGUCAAGGCGAAUGCGCGGGUGACGACUCAGGCGGACAAGACGUUCUUUCUCGAGUACAAGGACAUUCGUGUGGAGGAGCCGAGUGUGGACGAGGAGAUGAUGGCGGUGGAGUCGGUAACGCCGCAUCAGUGCCGGCUGCGUGACAUGACCUACUCUGCGCGGAUUGUGGUCGACGUCGAGUUUACGCGCGGCAACGAGAUUGUGAUCAAGAAGGGCCUGCCCAUUGGACGCAUGCCGAUCAUGCUGCGGUCGACCAAGUGCGUGCUGACAGGCAAGUGCGAGUCUGAGUUGGCGGAGCUCGGCGAGUGCCCGCUGGACCCGGGAGGGUACUUUGUCAUCCGCGGAGUGGAGAAGGUCAUUCUUAUCCAGGAGCAGCUGUCCAAGAACCGGAUUAUCAUCCAGCUGGACAAAAAGGGAAUGUGGGCGCGACGGUGACGUCGUCGACACACGAGCGCAAGUCGCGGACGAACAUCAACCUCAAGCACGACAAGCUGUACCUCAACCACAACGCACUGUCUGAGGACGUGCCAAUUGUGGUGGCGCUCAAGGCGAUGGGCGUGACGUCGGACAUGGAGGUGGUGGCGCUUGUGGGCUCUGAGCACCAGCGUGCGCUGGCGGCGUCUCUGGAGGAGGCCGGCGCGACGGGAGUCUCGACACAAGAGCAGGCGCUGGCGUACAUUGCAGCGCGGAUGCAGGCUCACUCGCGGCGCGGGUACGGGUCGGGACGCAAGUCGCGGACAGAGGACGCACGCGAGCUGCUCGCUUCGGUUGUCCUCUCGCACAUUCCGGUGAGCGCGUUCAACUACCACGCCAAGGUGGUGUACCUCGCGGUGAUGAUCCGGCGGAUCUUUGAGGCAGUUGCGCGCGGAGGCGCGGUCGACGACAAGGACUACUACGGAAACAAGCGACUGGAGCUUGCGGGCCAGCUGCUCGCGCUGCUGUUUGAGGACCUGUUCAAGAACCUCAACGCGCAGCUGCGAAAGCACGCCGAGACGGUGCUCUCCAAGCAGAACCGGGCUGCGGCGUUUGACGUGACCAAAUGGAUCCGGCACGACACCAUCACGAACGGGAUGGUGCGUGCGAUUUCGACAGGUAACUGGUCGCUGCGGCGGUUCAAGAUGGAGCGUGCGGGCGUGACGCAGGUCCUCUCGCGGCUGUCGUUUAUUGCGGCCAUGGGCAUGAUGACGCGGAUCUCGUCGCAGUUUGAAAAGUCGCGCAAGGUCUCGGGUCCGCGCGCGCUGCAGCCAUCGCAGUGGGGCAUGCUCUGUCCGUCAGACACACCCGAGGGUGAGAGCUGCGGGCUGGUCAAGAACCUCGCGCUGCUCACGCAUGUGACAACUGACUCGUCGGACGAUGAGCUGGCUGCGCUGGCGUACGGGCUCGGCGUCGAGCCGAUUUCGAUGGUCUCGGGCUUUGAGAUCAACACACCAGGCGUGUACCUGGUCUUUGUCAACGGCCUCAUCCUGGGCAUCCAUGCAGCGCCGAACGAGCUUGUUGCCGGGCUCCGGGCGUUGCGGCGUGUGGGACGGCUCUCGCCGUUCAUCUCGAUCUACCGCAACGACGAGCGGGAGACGGUCCAUGUUGCGACCGACGGCGGGCGGCUCUGCCGGCCGCUGAUUAUUUGCGACGAGGCGAGCGGGCAGCCGCGGGUGGGCGCUGUCGAGCUUGCCGAGCUCCGGCAGGGCCUGCGGUCGUUUGACGACUUUGUGGCUGACGGGCUCAUCGAGUUUCUCGAUGUCAACGAGGAGAACGGAGCGCACAUUGCGCUCUACGAGCGCGAGAUUGUGCCGGGCCUUACGACGCACCUUGAACUCGAGCCGCUGACGCUCCUCGGCGUCUGCGCCGGGCUCAUUCCGUACCCGCACCACAACCAGUCGCCGCGGAACACGUACCAGUGCGCGAUGGGCAAGCAGGCCAUCGGGGCGAUUGCGUACAACCAGCUGACGCGGAUCGACACGCUGCUGUACACGCUCGUCUACCCGCAGCGGCCGUUGGUGCAGACCAAGACCAUCGAGCUCAUCGGGUUCCACAAGCUGCCGGCCGGGCAGAACGCCAUGGUGGCGGUCAUGUCGUACUCUGGCUACGACAUCGAGGACGCGUCGGUGCUGAACAAGGCGAGCCUCGACCGCGGCUACGGGCGGUGCACCGUGUACCGUAAGUACGCGGCGUCGAUUCGCCAGUAUCCAAACCAGACCAUCGACCGCAUCUCGGCGCGGCCGGCCGACGUCGAGCCGGGCUCGCAGUACGAGAUCCUCGACGAGGACGGCAUCUGCGAGGUCGGGCUCGCGGUCCAGGAGGGCAACGUGAUGAUCAAGAAGGAGUCGCCAGUCAAUACGUCUGAGAACCUGGCCAAUCUCGAUGCACAGAACACGACGCUGUACCAGCCGAGCCCGCUCCGGUGGAAGCUCUCGAUCCCCAACGUGGUGGACAAGGUGAUGAUCACGUCGAACGCGUCGUCGUCUGUGGUGAUCAAGGUGCUCAUGCGGUCGACGCGGCGGCCCGAGGUCGGCGACAAGUUCUCAUCGCGCCACGGACAGAAGGGCGUGUGUGGGCUCAUUGUGGAGCAGGAGGACAUGCCGUUUACCGACGAGGGCAUUGUGCCGGACAUGGUCAUGAACCCGCACGGGUUCCCGUCGCGGAUGACGUGCGGCAAGCUACUGGAGCUUAUGGGCGGCAAGGCCGGCGCCAUCGAGGGCGCCUUUCACGAUGGCACGGUCUUUGCCGGCGAUCCUGUGGGCGAGCUCUGCGCUGCGCUCAUCGGCGCAGGCUACUCGUACUCGGGCAAGGACUAUCUGACGUCCGGCAUCACCGGCGAGCCGCUCUCGGCGUAUGUCUUCUUUGGCCCCAUCUACUACCAGAAGCUCAAGCACAUGGUGAUGGACAAGAUGCACGCCCGCGCCCGCGGCCCUCGCGCGGUACUCACCCGUCAGCCGACCGAGGGUCGGUCGCGGUCCGGCGGACUCCGCCUCGGCGAGAUGGAGCGCGACUGCCUCAUCGCGCACGGUACCUCGGCGCUCCUCAUCGAGCGGCUUAUGGUCUCGUCUGACGCAUUUACCGUCCACGUCUGCCGCGAGUGCGGCCUCAUCGGGUACAAGGACUGGUGCCAGUACUGCCGUGCAACCGCAUCACUCUCGGCGGUACAGCUGCCAUACGCUGCCAAGCUCCUUGUCCAGGAGCUCGCGUCGAUGAACGUGGUGGCGAGGAUGCGGCUCGAGCCGCUGUAG